AAUUAAAUCAGACAGAUGUACAUACAUACAUCUACUAUGUACUAAAAAGAAAGAAUUUUAUAAUGUGUCUUAUAUUCACAGCUUUUCAAUUCUUUUUAUAUCGAAAUGAAGUAUUUAAUUAUUGGUAUUUCACUGUUGUACAGUUCAAAUGUUGAAUCUCAGUUCGCUCAAUGGAAAGAUUACAUUUCAGCAUUCAGUGGAAUGGAUUUGACAAAAGAAGAGCCGGUAACUUGAAAGUUAGUCAUGGACUCAUGGGUGAUUUGCAGAUAAUGCCGGAAAUUACCACAGAGCUUGGUAGGGUAAUGGUUCAAUAUGAAGUCAUUCCUCAAGUCAUUUCUUCACAACCAAAUGAAACUUGCGAAGUGAUAUUUCCUCCGAAUGAUCUAAAAAUAAAUCCUGGGGACAUGAUUUAUAAUUCAAGCACCAUCAAAUUACAACCUAGCGUUCAAUGGACAUGUAAUAUGAAAAAGAAUUAUACGUUGUUGUUUCAUAAUUUAGAUGGGAAGAAACGAAUGACUCCAUUGGAUUCAUGGAUUGUUGUUAAUAUUCCACAAUGUAAUUUAAGUCAAGGAGAAACCGUAUGUCCUUAUCACGAACCAGUUCUGCGGGAUGGACGAAAUCGAUUCGUAUUUUUGAUUUAUGAGCAACUAGCCAGAAUAAAUUAUUUCCAUUUAAUGUGGGGAGACAUCCAUGUAAAAAGAGCUUUUAAACCACAUCAGUUCGCGUAUACUCAUUUUUUGGAAGGUCCUGUGUCUGCCAAUUUCUUUUACAUUGAAAAUAAAGAAAUUUAUCCAUUUUGGGAAGACGUUAUAGGAGACAAAUAUCCAUACGCAUUAGAAAUUGAAAAACCAACAACAAGGGCUAUAAUAUAAGGUGUGAAUUAGCGUUAAAGCUGGUACCUUGAUAUCUGUAUUUUUUACCUAAGUACUAAGUACUAACUCGAGAUUGAAAAUAAAAUGUUACCUAAUCAUUAAAAA